CGCCUCUCGGCCUAUGGCAGGAAGCCGCCUCAUGAAUUAUUCGUGACAAGCCCGUGUUGUUCUUCCACAGGCGGGCGGGUGGAGAAAAACAUACGGUGGACCAGAGAAGAUUGUCACCAUGGCGACAGCGAUAUAUCUCGAGCAUUAUCUCGAUAGUAUUGAAAACCUGCCGUGCGAGCUCCAGAGAAAUUUCACACUUAUGCGGGAGCUUGACAACAGAGCUGAGGAAAAGAAAGAGGAAAUCGAUAAGCUUGCAGAAGAAUACAUCUCCAACGUCCGCAAUCUGGCCCCAGAACAGAGAGUGGAGCACCUGCAGAAGAUUCAAAACGGAUUCAGCAAAUGCAAAGAAUACAGCGACGAUAAAGUUCAACUCGCCAUGCAAACGUAUGAAAUGGUGGACAAACACAUCCGCAGACUUGAUGCUGAUCUUGCGCGCUUUGAAAACGAGCUGAAGGAAAAGCUGGAUGUCAGCGGCUACGAAAGUCCAGAUAACAGGGCGCUCAAAAAGGUGGGUGGUAGAGGAAGCCUAAAGGAAAAACGAGGAUCUAAAGGAAGAGGAAGAAGAAGUUUGGAUGAAGAAUCCCCCAAAAAGAAGAAAAUCAAAAACGGGCCUGAGUUCCCUGAAGCCGUCCUUCCAGUUCACCCAUCAGAUGUCUUAGACAUGCCAGUGGACCCCAAUGAACCCACGUACUGCCUGUGUCACCAAGUCUCAUACGGAGAAAUGAUCGGAUGCGACAACCCCGAUUGUCCGAUCGAGUGGUUUCACUUCGCCUGUGUUGACCUGACGACCAAACCCAAAGGGAAAUGGUUUUGUCCACGAUGCACCCAGGAUCGAAAGAAAAAAUAAGAUGGAUUUGUACGUUGAGAGAUUACAUUUAUAUGUGAAUAUAUACGUAUAAAUAUAUAUGUAUUUUGUCUAGAUGGUAAAAUAGUAUAAUAUAAUAAUAUAAAUAUAUAUAUACUUCUUUAUAGGCCAUGAUAUACAUAUAUUAGGGUCAGAAGAAAGUUUUUAUUUUUUAAAGUACUUGAAAUGUUUCCAUUUAGUAAGUUUCGUUUUGUGUUGUCAAAUUGUCUUUUUCAGACAAACCUAGGAUUAUAUAUGAAAUAUAUUUUUCUUUAUUCUUUUACGCUUUCAUUUGAAGCUUCAAGCAUCCAAACCGUCGCUCGUGAUGUUUCUAGCACUGCAAGUCAUUUAGAGGAAAACCACAAACUUGCUUGUAAUUCUAGAGGAUUUAUGCAUAAGAUGUUGAAUGCAGCCAAUGUUUUAUGUAGAUUUAACGUGACUACUUUACUUUUCUUCUUCGUUUUGCCUCGACUCGAGUUUGAAACUCCAGCUUUUGUUGAAACUUAAAAUGCAAGGAUAUGUUUUUCUACCCAAUCAUGUAUUGCAAAAGCAAAAACCCAAAAUUAUGGAGCAGAGAUAAGUGGCGCAGUUUCAAUGUUGUUCCAUUUGAGUUGGACAAUCAACAUUUUCUUCUACAGAACUCAAAGCGAUCUGUUAUUAAGACUACUGCUUUAUCACAGCAAUGCAUCCGCUGUAGUUACAGUACAUGUGCAUUUGUCGUUUCUAUUUCUGAAUGUUUUAAAUAAUGAAUUUUUUGGGCAGUAUCUGCCGUACUUCUCCAGCAGCUGUCAUGCACUUUGUACUCAAGGCCUGAAUUUUCUCGCAAAAAGCAGCUUUUAUUGCUGUAAAGGUCAGAAAAGAAACUGUUGUGAUGGCACAAAAAUGAUCAUCGGAUGAUCUACCAAAGUGAGAUUAAGUGGUGUUAGCAUGUGAGCUACAUCGCUGUUGUAUAAAUUGCAUAAAUUUUUAUGAUUCUAUACGAACGUUAUCCAAAUAUGAAGCCGAAUAUUGUGUAAUACUAUUGAUGUGAGAUUAGCAUAUCAGAGUUUAAAACCUGUGUGAAUGGACUGUACAAUCUUUAAAUUGCGUUUAUGUUAUAUUAGUGGGUAGAACACAAAGGUUGAACGUGUGACAAUCAAGUAGCAUUCUGUUUUGUUGUUUAUUUUUUAAUGUUUAACUAUCCCUGGUUAUAUGGACUAUGUGUUCCACAAAGCUUUUCAUAAAAACAAAUAAACCUUUACCAUUAAAACUA